AUGGACGAAACUACAGAAAACUUGUUGGUGAUGUGGCUAUUGACGGGCCUGUCCAUCGUCAUUAUGCUGCUGCGGCUUGUCUUGCGCUGGUUCCGACUGGGCAAGUUUGAGCUGGGCGACUACUUCACCAUGGCCGCUGUUGUUGCUCUGAUUAUUCGAUCUACCAGCGAGACCGUACCGAUUGUCUGGGGCACAAACCAAGGCGUUGCGAAAAUCUACAAAACAUUUACACAUGAACAAAUUUACCAGCGCGAGAUCGGAUCGAAGCUCACGAUAGUAAAUCGGAUCUUCUACACGGUGUAUGUCUGGCUUCAGAAAUCGGUCGUCAUGUGUGUUAUCCAGAACCUUUUGAAAGGCCUGGGACGCAAUAUCGUCAUCAUUGUCUCUUGGUCAAUUCUUGCGGCGACGUUUGUGCCAGCGGCCAUCACUUGUCUGAUUGAAUGCCACCCGUUUGUGCUCUACUGGCAGGUUGUGCCGCCUCCUGGAAAAUGCGCAGCCGGCGCUCUGCAGCUUCUCGUCUUUUCGAUUCUCGAAAUGGUUACGGACCUUAUGCUGAUCGUCCUGCCUGUACGCCACCUGCUCAAACUUCAGCUGAGCUGGAUUGCCCGCCUCCGCCUCAUUAUGCUCUUUUCUGUCGGCCUCUCUGUUAUUGCAGUUACCUUGCUGCGACUGCUUAUGAAUGUCUUAAAGCUUCAUCGCUCAGGAGCAUCGCACGAUAUUGCAAAUGUCGAAAUCUUGUUUGCGGCCGUCGUUGCAAAUGCUCCCGCCAUCUAUGGUCUGAUUCGAACAACAAUAGGAAGCUCGGCCCGAUCUGGAUCCAAGGGCAGCGCCCUUCAGGACCUGAGCGGCCGUAGCCGGGAACUCAGAACAAUCGGCUCCGGUGGAAGCUCUAAGCGACGUACCGGCAACAUGUACAUGCUCGAUACGCUGCAGCACAGUGAUGAAGAGUGCAUUAUAGGUGUCGAGCAACAGUCUGCAAACUACAAAUCGGGCUCAAUAGCAUCCUCGGCCACAGUACAAAAUACCCAUCCAUAG